AUGGUUUCCUUCAGUGUCCUCAUUACCUGUUUGUCUGGUGCGACAGUUGCGACAGCAUCAGCUGUUCCAAAUCACGGUUCUCCUUAUGCACCAAAACACGCAAAAUGUCCAUCGACACCACUUGUUCGUGGCGCUUCGGGUAUCUCCGCUGCUGAAUCUGACUACAUCACUCAACGACAUCGCAAGGCUUCCACCGCCUUGAAGAAAUGGUUGAAGUCCGUCGAUAAGGACUUCGAGUCAGCCACUAAGGAAUGGGGUUCUGAAAAGUACGGCGAUGCACCUGUUGUGGCCCUCACAUCAAGUGGUGGCGGAUACAGAGCCAUGCUUAGCGGUGCGGGAGUUGUCAAGGCUUUUGAUGGACGCGAGAAAGUCAAGACUGCUGUCAGUGGCCUCUAUCAGGCUGUUACCUACGAAGCAGGCCUCUCUGGUGGCUCUUGGCUUCUGUCGUCUAUCGCGAGCAACAACUACCCAACUGUCAGUUCGCUGCAAAAGAAACUAUGGGAAGAAGCACUUCAGAGCAGUCUUCUCGUCCCCAGUAUCCUAAACUCGCCUAUGAAAGACCCCGUUUAUGAUACCGUCGAAGCAGAUAUCAAGGCAAAGCAGGCCGCUGGCUUUGAACCUACCAUCAUCGAUCCUUGGGGCCGUCUUCUCUCUUACGGUCUUCUACGAGGCCCCGAUGGAGGAGUGCGAGAGACCAUGUCCAGCAUCGCCCAAACCUCUAGCUUCAAGGACCAUGUCGCACCAUACCCUAUCAUCACAGCUCUUGGUGUUGAGCCUGGUUCAUGUAUCCCAGAGACGAACGCUACACAAUAUGAGUUCCAUCCAUACGAGUUUGGAUCAUGGGACGCUGGAGUUGAAGCUUUUGCUGUAUCCAAGUACAUCGGGACAUCGUUCUCCAACGGUCGACCUAAAAAGGACUGUAUCACCAACUAUGAUCAACUGAGUUAUGUGCUCGGAACAUCUUCCAAUGUCUUUGCAGCAGCAUGUUCACCUAUUUCGUCCAACAAUUCCGCCGAGGCCACGCUGGUGGAGAACUUUGCCGCGUUGGUUUCUCCAUCUGGUCCUGGUGUUUCUGUGCGUCAGGGUUUCGGUCUGUUUCCCAACCCUUUCCAAGGCCGCAAGAAGUCCCCCGAGGUCUCAGCUCUCUCGACUCUAGAGCUCGUAGAUGGCGGUGUUGGUAUUGGUUAUCAGGGUAACCCGAUCUGGCCCUUCCUGUACAGGAAGGACGUAGACGUUAUCAUCGUCAACGAGAACUCAGCCGACACAGAAGACCAUUACCCCGAUGGGACACAGAUCUUCAACACCUACAAGGCUGCCAAGGCUGCCGGUUUGACACGCAUGCCAACCAUCCCAUCCAACAAGACUUUUGUGGCCAAGCAUUUGAACCAGAAGCCCACCUUUUUCGGAUGUAAUGACAAAAACGCUGCUACUAUCAUCUUCAUUCCCAACUACAACUACACAUAUGAAAGUGGGCAAUCGACGAACAAGAUUCAGUAUUUCCGUAACGAAACUGUCGGUAUGAUUGACAAUGGUGUUGAGGUUGGAAACUAUGGUGGCAAGAAGAACUGGCCCAUGUGUCUUGCAUGUGGUAUUAUGAAGAAGAAGGAUGGAAAGUUGCCCAAGGGAUGUUCGGCAUGCUUCAAGGAAUACUGUUUCAACUGA